AUGCCGUUCCAGCUGCCGCCGCUGCCCUACGCGAAGGACGCGUUGGAGCCGCAUAUAAGCAAAGAGACACUGGAGUAUCACUAUGGCAAACAUCACGCGACGUAUGUUAACAACUUGAACAGGCUUACGGAAGGGAAAGAUGAGGCGUCAAAGAGUCUCGAAGAUUUGAUUAAGACAGCAUCCGGGGGUAUAUUAAACAACGCCGGUCAGGUGUACAACCAUACAUUUUACUGGAAUUCUAUGAAGGCAGGAGGAGGGGGUUCUCCAACGGGUUUAAUUGCAGGAGAGAUAGAGAAGAGCUUUUCUUCUUUUGAAGCUUUUAAAGAGCAGUUCUCUGCUGCUGCAGCUGGGCACUUCGGAUCGGGUUGGGUUUGGCUUUGUUAUUGCGGAGAACAGAAAAAAGUUGUUAUUACACAGACACACGACGGAGGUGUACCGUUCAGAGAUAAUUCAAAGUGCUUUCCUCUCCUCGCUUGUGAUGUAUGGGAACAUGCUUAUUACAUAGAUAGAAGGAAUGAUAGAGCAGCUUAUGUUAAAGCGUGGUGGUCGUUGGUGAAUUGGGACUUCGCGAACGAAAACCUGAAAAAGGCAAUGGCAGCCUAA